AUGGAACUCGAUGCUGAAAUUCACCUAGACGCCAAAGGUCUUGGUGCCACUAUUACUCAGGAUAAUACAGCAUCGAGUCAACACAAAGCGAAGGCAAUGAUUUUCCUUCGUCAUCAUCUGGACGAAGGAUUGAAGGUUGAAUACACGACGAUGCUGAAAGAUCCACUUGAAUUGUGGUGGUUUGAAGGAAAGGAUUUUAAAAACGUAUGUGAUUAUAACUCUGUUGUUUAUAGAAUUACUUCCCAAUUGAAAUUAUGUGGGGAUAAUAUAACUGAUGAGGAUAUGUUGGAAAAGACUCUUACGACUUUUCAUGCCUCUAAUAUAGUAUUACAACAGCAGUACCGUGAAAGGGAUUUUAAAAAGCAUGCUAAUUUGAUCUCAUGUCUUCUUGUGGCUGAGCAGCAUAAUACCCUUUUAUUGAAAAUCAUGAAGCCCGUCCUACUGGAACUACUCCAUUCCCGGAAGCGAAUGUGGUAG